AUGUUGCUGGAGGGAGAACCAAGCACCAGUGUGUCGACCAUCCGCGGUCUGCACAGACUGGACACUGCCAUCCCCUUCAGCAUGUCGGACACCUCUUCUGAGAGAUACUCUGAAUUCACAGAGACAUCAAGACCUCACUCCCCAUCGCUCCCAUCAUCUCCGCACAGUGUGCUGCCCUCGCCGAGCAGCCCCUCUGGCGACUCAGUCUCCUCCUUUCCCUCCGUCUCCUCGUCCUUCCUCUUCUCUUCUGGUCCCGGCAGUCCACCACAGCUCCCACUUCCGGAUUCGCAUGGAGGCGGUGAGUUGCACGACUCCACUCGAGGGCUGAUUAUCCCAUCGCUGGCGCUCCCCUCUCCCGCACGGCGUCCGACAGCGUAUGGCCAGACGUUAGGCGACCUCCGCUUGCUCAUUCUCGCCCCUCGCCGUGCCGCGUCCUCUACGGCAGCACUCGUAGAUCACUUGCUAGAGGAAAAUGAAGACGUAGUCGACAUAGGCCCUUGGGAGGAGCAACAACCCGGCGGCACACCCUCUGAUGAAGCUGCAGAUGAUGAGAAGAUAACCGUGCGCCGAGCGUCGACUCACUGGGUCGAGCAUCGGGACGCCCACGGACUGGAGCGCAUCGAGCCUGCACGAAACGUGGAGAUUGCGGAACUUCCGGGAUACGAUUCUUCAGAUGACGCCGAGGAUAUUGUUAGGCGGACACUUCCCGUAAUCCAUGCGCCCUUCCGCCAGGUGUUCAAAGCGCUCAACCCUGACUGUGCCCCAAAUACUGUGCUUGCGAGUCUCCUGUCGUCUUCGACUGCGCCUCUUUAUACAGCUAUGAUCCUGCUGUUGACGUCAUCACCCACCCAGACGGAAAAGGUUCUCAUGGACGCACUCAGCCCGCAUGUUCCGCUCAUCGUCAUCCCCCCACUGCCGGAUCCGCCGUCUUACCCAUUCUAUACGCCAAGCUACUCGUCAUAUCCGCACACUGCGGAUUCCUCCGCCUUCGCAUCACCCGUUCAUCCGCCCGAGUCUAGCUCACCUUCCGCCAGUGCACCACUUUCGGCUUUUCGCCCAUCGUCACCUGAGGCGUUGCGCGCGGGCCUAUUCCGCACGCCAGAAUCACUUGCACAUCUCCGAGCAGAGGGCGUCGCGCGCUUCCUGCGCUGGCGCGAAGUCGAGCGAGCCGUCGAGCGCAUCAACCAAAGUUACAGCGUGGGGCCCACCAAGCCCGCUAGAAUGGAAGCAAAGCAGGGAAUGGUAUCAGGACCACCUACCGAAGCACCUGCCGGGGGCCAGGAGAAGAUCGGGUGGAAUAAGGCGCAGUGGGAAGCCGAGUGGGAGGGCACGCUGUCAGAAGACAUCGCAGUCGCACUUCGACAGCGGAGACGCGCCGAGACUGUCGUCGCGUCGCGUCUCCAGUGUGAGCAAGACGAAUGCAGUCUGGAUGACCGGCGCCCGCCUGUUUUCUCCGAGAUGCAGAUACGCAGGAUGCGCAGGCCUUCGCAGGCGUGCGCGCCAGCUGCGUUUGACCCACUACACGCACGGUCGCUGUUCAUGUUUUCGCUCUCGUUGCUGCAGCCGCUUCGUGCGCGGCUGAUGUACACGCUGUCGUGUGGCCGGUUUGGUAUUGGCAGCCGCGACACUCGCGAGGAGAGUGCAGUGGAGGAGACAGAGGGAAGAGCGCAGGAGAAAACGGCCGCGGCGCAGCAUGCAGAAGAAGCCAAGCAUGGAGCAGCGCCAUCUGCGGACGAAAAGGAAGCUGGCCGCCGGGAAUGGCUCGAGGUCGAAGCGGAAAAAUCCCAGAGUACGACUACGUCCAAGACCGACAGCGGGCUCUGGCAGCCCGAGUAUUCAGCCGCCGUGGCCGUCUUUCUCUCUCACCCUCGUUCGCGCGGCGCUGCUCUCGCACGAACACCCACUUCACCUUCCGCUUCUGCUUUCUCAACUUCAGGAACGCUUGAGGCAGCGCCAAUUGUCGCGGUCCGCUGUGCGGUCCAUUCAACAUCACAGAGUCUACUCGCAGGCGAACACGACGUUUUGGUUCCGGAGCUCGCAAGAAAACAUACCGGACGCGCAGGCGGACGACGACACCGUGACUCCAUGCACGGACGAACCUGA